UCAAGGUGUCGCAGGGUCUUGUGUCUCUUCUUCCCAUGUCUGUUAGUAAAAUGCUGCAAAAUUGAACCAUUCGAUCUUAUCUGUUUCUUACUCUUUCUGCAGGAGCUUGUUACUGAGUUUCAAACUACAACAAAUGAAGAAUCAAAAGAGAAGGUUGUAGCCCAUUUGGCUAACUUUGCAUAUGAUCCUUACAACUAUAAUUUUCUUCGACAGCUUAAUGUUUUGGAGCUAUUUCUGGAUUGCAUUACAGAGGAAAAUGAAAGGCUCAUCGAAUUUGGUGUGGCUGGGAUAUGUAACUCAUGUGUUGAUCCUACAAAUGCUGCCGUCAUAGUUCAGUGUGGUGGGAUUCCUUUGGUUAUACAGUGCUUAAGCAGCCCUGUAAGAAACACGGUGAAUUAUGCCUUAGGAGCAUUGUAUUACCUUUGUAAUUCACAAACCAAGGAAGAGAUUCUGAAGCCAGAAGUAGUUGAAGUCAUAAGGAAAUAUGCUGCAGCUGAAGCUGUUAGUGUUGGUUUCAGCAACCUGGCCAAUGCACUUCUUCUAAAACAUGUCAAACAGUGAAAACUUUACAAAGUAUGGAAUUGCCAUGCUGGAGGGAGGUUAUGUAUUUACAUUAUAUCCCAAAAUUUUAAUGUAUUUAUAUAUCUAACAUCUAAAUAUUUAUAUUUAUUUAUAUAAUACUUUAAUAUUCAAAUCAUAUCAAAAAAA